AUGUCCACGGUAGCGCUAUCAUCAAGGUGGGCUUUGGAGGCAUGGCAGCGAGGAGCCAUUGUCUCGGUGGUCUUCAUCGGUAUCCUUUUAGGCAACACCGUGGGUGGACCGCUUGGUGACAGCACUGGGCGCAAGACCCCAAUCCUGUUGUCCUUCAUUGGCAUCGUCCUUUUCAGCGUCAUCUCUGCUUCUUGCAUAGGAUUUUGGUCCUUAGCCUUGGUCCGGACCAUGGUUGGUGCAUCCUUCGGCCUGGGUCAACCAUCGACUUUGACGAUGAUCCGGGCCAAUCGGCAAAGAGCGGAUAUCACGCCAUCACGGUGGCAAGUCUUCGCAGUCAGUGCAGUGUCUUCAGUUUCAUUUUGCUGCGGGGAGAUCUACAGUGCGGCAUUGAUUUGGUACAAUGACCCCAGCAUGAAGGAGCUAGACUGGCGUUGGCUUUGCAUCAUGGGGGCAGUGCCCUCCAUUGUUGGCCUUGUGCUCUCCUACUCUUUUCUAAAGGAGUCACCCGCCUAUUUGUUGGAUAAUGGCUACACGGAGGAAGCAAAAGAGUUGAUCGAGUCCUACAAGAUUUCGAAUGGAGCUGAGCACGUGUGUUGUGACCUCAUCACAUCUUCCACCCUUGCAAGGACUCCCAGGUCUGCGAGGCAAAACGUGGAAGCAAUCUUGUCACCGGCAUUGCGUUGGACAACCUUGGCCAUGACCUACACGUGCUUCAUAUUGAAUGUCUGCUUCUAUGGAACUCUCUACGCCUUCCCUCAGGUCUUUGCAGACACGUCGACGCCCUACAGUCCAGCUAUGGCUUUGCUUGUGGGUGCGCUGUUCGAGAUGCCUGGUCAGAUUGCAGCCCCUUUGUGUGCCACCGUUUUGGACAACAAGACCAUCCUGCGGAUGUGCCCUCUGGGAAUAGCCAUUGCUUCGCUGAUGUUCCUCGUGGGGGCCAAUGGCGAAGGCAUGCUCUACGGUACGCUGCUGCAAGUUGGAUAUGCAGGAAUCAAGAUCACAGUAGGUGGUUUCUUCGCUGUCGCCUACACCUGUGCCUCUGGCGUUUUCCCCACAGCUGUGAGGAGCACCGGAACAGCGGCUUGUGUCGCGGGCGGACGCAUUGGAGGCAUUUUGUCUCCAUUGAUCUUCGAGCAAAUGGUGAUCGCCUUCGACGGAUGGGGAGGUUUUUUCAUUCUUAUGAUAGUUGGCCUCCUCCUGAAUAGCAUCAUCUUGAUGGCUCUGAACUUGGAAGACGUGGACGACAUCAACAGCUUGGAGGAGUUGAAGCCGAUGAUUA